CAACUUUGGGGGAAAAAGUAAAUUAAAUCAAAAUAAUACCGAAAACGAAAAACGAAAGCAACCCGCUCUUUCCCUUUCUUUGUUUCCUACUAAAACCCCGAACUGCCUGCGCGCGGCAUUAGUUAGUUGGGCUUCGUACUGCGUAGCAGCCAGCGCCCUGUCUCUCUCUCUCCCUCACUCUGCUCAAUCCUCCUCCUCCUCCUCAUAAAAUAAAACCUCACAGCAAUCAAUCUGUUGCCAAGUUUCCACAGAAACCAAAUCAGAGCUUCCCGCAGACUUUUCUUCAAUUUCCUUCCAACUUCUGCCCGCCAUUCCACGCCCCUCUUGCCCUCCCCCUUCUCCGCCCAUGGUUGCUGCUCCUUGACCCGCAGCAGCUCUUUCAGGUUCCUCUCCGUCUUCUCUCUCUCUAUUUCUUUCCUUUUCUGUGAUUCUAAUUUUGACCUGGCAUAGCAUUCUCCCGGCUAACGGAGGAUCAAAAUUCUGCUCGUUAAGCUAGCGAGUUGGAGUGAGAGAGGGAGAGGGGGAGAGAGAGAGAGAGAGUCUCGAAAUGCUCUGCUUCUGGUGUUGUUUCUUCAAUCGAAUUUUCGUUUUCAUGGAUGUCGGUUUAGGUGUUAGCCGGAACAGGACAAAAGGCACUGCUGGAAAAUUUUUGAGCUGAGCAUAAAGUCAACAGUUAUGAUCAAGUCAACGUCGGCUGCUAUCCCCUUCUCCUUCACCCUAUCUAAACUGAUUGAGAAGAACGUUUGGUUUAAUGGCUGGCAACGAACUCAAUUUUACUUUGAUCCUUUGGCUGUACCGUUAGAACUCUGAUCAUGAAGUAGGAAGUAGUCAACUAGAUAUAUUGUUGUUGUUGAGCCUCAAUACUUACUGACGGCAGAAUUGAAAACAUGACCCCCAUGGAUUGAUAGCUAAGAAAUGAAUCAUUCAGAAAUGCUGCACAAGAAGUUAAUUGCAGUUUCGAGUUGAUUUAUUCUCAUUUAAAAGCUUCUCUUGGUACAAGGCUUUUGAGGGUUAGUUUAUAUUGGCUAGAACUGCUACUUUCUUGAAUAUCUUUCUGAAUGGUUUUUCUUUAUAACCCCAGUAUUCUGCUUCUCAUUACAUAAGGUAUCUUCUUCUGCUGCUGAGCUCCUUUUGUGUUUAUGCUGCUUUCCCCCCAAAUAGGUCAUAGAGAGAUGGCUAGUGAUGACAAAGACGAGAUGCCUAUGCUUACAAUGUCAGAUGAAGUUGUGGAUGAUGCUAGAUACAGGGACGUCCUCUUGAGGUCCCGUAGUGCCACAUUCACGAUCCCUAUGGAUAGAUAUGAGAACGAGAAGAAUCAUGGAGGCUUUACAGGUCCACUGCGUAGUGAAAGGAAAAUGCCGUCGAGUCAGUUCAGUGGUCCGCUGUACAUCAGCAGCCCAUCUGAACAUGUUUCGCAUCAGAAGCCUAAUCUGCCAAGGAGCAAGACUGUGAAGCAGGAUUUCCAUCGGAGUGGUGAUAAGCAUGGCGCUAAGAAUGAACAUCUGUUGAGGUCCGGUCCAUUGGGGAUGUGCAGUGACCCUUACUGCACAACUUGUCCUAGUUAUUAUAAUACCAACACAAUAAAGCACAGACAUUCAAGAACUUCCCUUAUUUUUGACCAUCAGUUUCAUAAUGCUCUGUAUGGCGAUGCAAAAGGUUGGGCGAGGAGAUUCUUUUCUCAUUUUACUCUGUAUAUUCCUCCGGUCAUGAAUCCUCAUGCUCGAAUUGUUCAGAGGUGGAACAAGUUUUUUGUCAUCUCAUGCCUGGUGGCCAUUUUUCUUGACCCAUUGUUUUUCUUCUUGCUAGCUGUGGACAAGGGUAACAAGUGCAUAUACAUCAACUUCCCCUUGACUACAACAAUUGUGGUCUUAAGGAGUGUGACUGAUUUUGUAUAUUUGUUGAACAUACUUCUCCAGUUUAGGUUGGCUUAUGUAGCUCCUGAAUCUACCGUGGUUGGUGCUGGAGAGUUAGUUGACCAUCCCAAGAAGAUUGCAAAGAACUACAUACGUAAAUGCUUUUUCAUUGACUUGUUCAUUGUACUGCCUCUUCCUCAAAUCAUCGUGCUAAUGGUUCUACCAGACGUCUUGGGAUCAUCUGGAGCCAAUUAUGCUAAAAACCUUCUACGAGCAGCAGUUCUUGUACAAUAUAUACCCAGAUUGUAUAGGUUCUUACCACUUCUUAUUGGCCAGUCAGAAAGUGGCUUCAUAUUUGAGACAGCAUGGGCAAACUUCUUUAUCAACCUUCUUACCUUUAUGUUGUCCGGGCAUGUAAUGGGAUCAUGUUGGUACCUCUUUGGAUUGCAGAGGGUUAAUCAGUGCUUCCGUGAUGCCUGCCAUAAUUCUAAUAUCACCAAGUGCAUGGAUUUCGUAGAUUGUGGCCAUGGUGAUGACUUCAGAGAUUUUUCUCGCAACCCAGAAUGGAAGAAUUGGACAGAUAAUGUCAAUGCCACUGCCUGUUUUAUGACCAGUGGUGGCUUUUCUUAUGGGAUUUAUGUUCAGGCGGUCAAUCUCACCACAGAAAGUAGUUUCAUCACCAGAUACAUAUAUUCGUUGUUUUGGGGGUUCCAGCAAAUCAGCACACUUGCUGGAAAUCAGGUACCAAGCUAUUUUGUAUGGGAAGUCCUUUUCACAAUGUUAAUUGUUGGACUUGGCCUAUUGCUCUUUGCAUUUCUCAUCGGCAAUAUGCAGAACUUUCUUCAGGCUCUUGGAAGGAGGAGGUUAGAAAUGUCUCUGAGACGACGUGAUGUGGACCAGUGGAUGAGCCAUCGACGUUUGCCGCAAGAACUGAGGAGGAAAGUGGUUGAAGCUGAAAGGUACAAUUGGGCUGCGACUAGAGGAGUUAAUGAAGAACUGCUAUUGGAGAAUCUACCUGAAGAUCUCCAGAGAGAAAUUAGAAGGCAUCUGUUCAAGUUUGUCAAGCAGGUUUGGAUAUUUGGGUUGAUGGAUGACAAUGUGCUGGAUGCCAUCUGCGAGAAACUGAAACAGAGAAUAUACAUCAACGGCAGUGAAAUCUUCUACCGCGGCGGCGUGGUUGAUAAGAUGGUGUUCAUCGUGCGGGGAAAGUUGGAGAGUGUGGGGGUGGACGGAACUGAAAUCAUUCUGUCCGAAGGCCAAGUCUGUGGGGAGGAACUUCUUACAUGGUGUCUUGAGCAUGCUUCUUCAGUCAACAAAGAAGGGAAGAAAAUCAAGAUGCCAGGGCAGAGACUAAUCAGCAGCAGAACGGUAAGGUGCUUAACCAACGUGGAGGCGUUCUCGCUUCGAGCAAUCGACCUGGAAGAUGUCACCAGCAUUUUCGCCAGGAGCUUGAGGAAUCCACGAGUCCAAGGCGCCAUAAGGUAUGCAUCCCCUUACUGGAGAAGCAUAGCAGCAAUGCGGAUUCAAGUUGCGUGGAGGUAUCGUCAGAAGCGAUUGAAGCGAAUGGAGAGUAGUACUACUAACACUGAGAUGAGACCCAGCUGGGCUUCGUCGUACCCUCGUCCCCAGCUUCAUUACCCUCGUGCGUGAUGUAUCGAUACAUACAGUCGAUCUAUAGAUGGUAAGAGAUACGAGCCAUUGAUGAAAGGUAGAUAGAUAGAUAUGUAGUUAAUUCAUGUAUCUUCUGUGUAUAUAAUAUACUAGCUUUGUUUCCGGCCAUUGGCCGGGUAAGUUUCACUUAUUAUUUAUAUUGUAAUUAUUUUAGACAAUUAUACAUGAAGCCGAAGUAUGAUCUAGCAUGAAUUUGUAUAUUUAUAUUAAUUUAAACUUAAUAUGCUAAAGAGUUGCCACAAAUCUGAACUAAAACAACAUAAAACCUCAUAAACCUAAAUAAUACUCUGUCAAUUCGCAUGUGCCUUAUCCAUUUUUAAUUCGCAUGGUGAUAAGGGGUAAUGAAGAAAGGAAAAAUGGUUCAAAGAAGCUACCUAAACAGAACAACAAAAAGAUAUUCAAAAGCUUGCAGUCCAUAGAAGUUAAACCCUCUAAAUUAGAGAAACAAAGUGCAUUAGACGAUACGACCAAUAUAGCAUUUGCAAAACAGAACAGCAGUAGAAAAAUAUUGCUAUUGAAAUUGUGUAAACAUGAAGCAACGGCGAAAAGACAACAAUCAAAAAUUGCAUGUCAUCUAUUAUCUCACUUCAUUCAUACCUGUUCUGAAUUAGAAACACCAAUCUUUUAUUCAAUGAACCGAAUAACGUGAAAAUACAUAGAAAGUCGCUUGUGUGACGCCCAAAUCCAAGAUCUGCCAACGUACACCCUCGUCGUCGUUGUCGCAAUCACCAUCUCCUCUUCUGAUUUUGUUUCCCCGGAUUGAAUCACAAUUCCUUGACCCACUGCUUUCGGAUGCCGUCGGAAGUCGUCAUAUGACCAUAUCUUUGUUAUCCAAUAUGGGAUUACCGGCAGCAUAUGAGAGUUACUCUGUCGGCUGCUCUUUUGGUGCUUUGUUGAAGCCGGGCGGUUGUUGUGCUGCCAACCGCUGCCUCGAUGGUGAAUAAUUUCUAGAACCAUGGGCCCAUGGAAUAAACCACUCAUAGCGAAAUUGAAGGUUGGAGGCACGCCGUUGUUGUUCCGCCAACCGCCGGGCGAUAGUGAAUGAUUUGGAACGCCUCCGCCAAAACCACUCACAGGGAUGGGAUAUAGGAUGAUACUAUAAGGAAGGAAGAAUAGAAAGAGAAGUUUUCGCUGCGGGGAUAUUGGGGUUUUUCCAAAUGAGAAAGAACAUAUAACGUCAGAGUAGGAGAUCGCGGAAUAAGAGAAAGUGUCCGAC